CCUAUGUGCAAAAACCAACAUGUCAGCGCCCUUGAGCUGCACCUCUCAAACAACUUCUCUGGCUUUGGUGAUGGCUAGCUACGAUAAAUGAGCAUCCAGAAAAAAAUGAUUUAUGGAAAAUAGUCGUUAUGUUCGAUACAACUGUACACACUAUCCAAAACCCUUCAGAACGUCAUAUCACUUCAAUUAGCUGUCGUUGUGUAGUGCAAAACAAAUCAGCUAGCUAACUAGAUAACAUGCUAAACAAAUCAACAAAUUAUAUAGAGUAAUAUUGUUCCACUGUUGUAUUGAGCCUUUUAUGCGAACCAUUGUUUAGUAUGGCUUUUACUCAAGCUGUCAAAAUGCACGUAGGGAACGUGUGUGGUCGGUUCCGGAUGUCCUCUUACCAGAGGGGGUCUACUGUCAUGUCCCAAAGACAAAGAGAUUACGGAGCGGUUCUAUGCGGUAGAUGUCAAAAUUCGUCCCAAAAGCUUUGCCCAAAUAGUAGAGCUAUGCAUGCAACACGGCCAUUGAUGAUUACAAAGUUACUGUCAGUGGACGAGAUCUUUGCCAGAAGAUCACUACAGGAUUACAUCAAGAAGAUGGAGACAGAGUACAGAGAUAGUCUGACAGUUGUCAACAUGACAGAGGGACAGCAGGACGGUGAAGAGGAAUUGAGAGUGAAGAGAACAAGAGUUUCUGUACUAGCCCCAUUAAUCCAGUACACCAGAGAGCUUCAGACAAAACAGCAGGAAUUUGCUGAAACUGAAACAUUACUGAAAGAUGACGACCCAGACAUGCGUGACCUGGCAGUCCUUGAAAGGGAGGCUUGUCAGAAAGCGAUUCAAGAUGUUAGACAAAAGAUCCUGUCCCUGUUGAUCCCUGAGGAGGAGUCAGACAUGAGUGACCUGGUCCUGGAGGUCACCGCAGGGGUCGGAGGUCAGGAGGCCAUGCUCUUCACUGCAGAGGUCUUUGACAUGUACCAGAGCUUUGCAGCACACCAGGGCUGGGGGUUUGACAUCCUGGAGUACAUGAAAAGUGAAAUAGGUGGGUUACGUCAUGCAUCAGCCAGUGUCAGUGGUCCUAAGAGCUACAAGAGGAUGAAGUUUGAGGCAGGUGUGCAUCGCGUGCAGAGAGUCCCUAAGACUGAGAAACAGGGCCGAAUGCACACCAGCACCAUGACCGUGGCAGUGCUACCCCAGCCUACAGAGAUCACUUUCACAGUUAAUGCGAAGGACUUGAGGAUUGAAACCAAGAGGGCGAGUGGAGCCGGGGGCCAGCAUGUCAACACCACAGACAGCGCAGUGCGAAUAGUUCAUCUACCGACAGGUGUGGUAUCAGAAUGCCAGCAGGAAAGAUCCCAGCUGAAAAAUAAGGAGAAGGCCAUGAAGGUUUUACGUGCCAAACUCUAUAGUAUGAGGCUGGAAGAAGAGACCAGUAAGCGAUAUACUGCACGGAAAGUCCAGAUUGGUACCAAAGGUAGAUCUGAGAAAAUCAGGACCUACAACUUUCCCCAGGACCGAAUCACAGAUCAUCGGAUUUUGAAAACAGUGCAUGAUGUCAGGGAGUUUCUUGUGGGCGAAGAGCUUCUGGAGGAAAUGAAUUUGGCACUAGAGGAGUUCUCUAAUCAGGAGAUUCUCAUGGACAUUCUUGGAGAAAAUAACUCUGAUCAAUAAUAGUCUAUGUGGUAGUUUACAUUAAAUCUAUGAAGCUAUGCAUGUUGUCUUUUGCAAGAUCAGUGUGUUUGUUUGCUUGUUUGCCUUCAUGGUUUUAGUUUAAGAGCCCACUUUACACACUCCGCCCAUGGGUGUGAACUGCCAGUUCUCAAACUGCUUUUUUCUCUUUUAGUAGUAAAACUUCAAAAUACAUCAGUACCCCCUCCCCCCAGCAGAGACAAAGUAUUGCCCAAUGAAUUAUAUUUGUGUAUGACAUGA